GUCUAUCACUUGCUGUUGAGAGGUUAAUAGAAAGUGGACAUGGCAGAGGACAAUCUUGUGGACGUGGACAGUAGCGAAGAAAGCAGGUCUUACUGGGACCAAGGCGACAAAAUAUCUGCCAGUACGAUUUUCAACAAGAUGGGCAUAGGCCGACAGAGCAAGAAAGGAUUCUACAAGCGGGCCACAGUGUGUUUGGGGGUGCUGUGUGUGAUUUUACUUGUUGUCAUCAUAUCACACAAAUCACACAAUAACUGCAAAAACGACAGCACUGAUGGGACAUUUCAACAACUAACAGACGACAACAAUGUGACCCACAACACAGUCCAGUCAAAGACAACUUACAGCAACUUGAAUAAACAGAUGGACCUCUUGCUGACCGGUCACAACAUGUUGAUUCAAGAGAAGUCCCAGCUACUGGCCCGUUACAACAACUUGACUGAUGACAGAAACCUCUUGCAGAUAAGUUACAACAAUCUAAUCUCAGAGAAGUCACAAUUAAAUAGCAACUAUUCAAAUCUGAACAGAGAGAAGUCUGAAUUGCAAACUAGGAACGCCAUGCUGUCUGAUGAGAAAGCCCAGCUGCAGGCCAGUUACGACAACAUGACCAGAGGGAUUGAUCAGUCGCGUACCAAAUUAGAUUCCAGGCUUGAAGAUGGAUGGAUCGCCAGAAAACCAAGUGUCUACAAAGUCAGCAGUGAGAAGAAAACCUGGCAGCAGAGCAGAGACAGCUGUUUAAACAUGGGGGCAGACCUGAUGAUUGUGAAUGACAUAGAAGAGCAGAAAUUCCUGCUACCAUAUAAGAAUGUCUGGAUUGGACUUUCAGAUACUGACAACGAGGGUGUCUGGAAAUGGGUAGACGACACACGACUGACCACAAAGUUCUGGGCACCUGGUGAACCUAACAACGCCGGGAAUGAAGACUGUGCAGAAAUCUCCUCAAACGCCGCAGACCCGUAUAAAGCUUGGAAUGAUGUCCCAUGUUCUAGUUCAUAUCAAUACAUUUGUGAGGACCGUUUCUAAGAACUUCAUCGAUUGAGUCUCCAUUAAUUGAGUCAAUAUCUGUGUUUGAUCAAUAUCAAUUACCAUACAAAUAAGCAUAAAUGAUCUCUCUUGAAAUCAGGAAAUGCAAUGUAAAAGGCGAUGCAGUGUUUUUGUUUCAUGUUAUGUUUUUGCUCAGUGCCCCAAAACAGUCAACGCUGUGUCUGCUAUAUCGGUGUAGAAAUGUGCGACUUAGCUUAAAGGUCCAGUGACCGUUUGCAUACCGUAACAUUCUUUGUUGGCUUCCCAUCCCGUGAAAAAUCCCAGUCUCUGUAGACAGCCCAUGCUCUGAAAACUGUAAUCAAACAAAAUGGGGGCAGUCUGUCUCCCAAACAAAGAUGCGCACUGCGUGGAGCUUCUAUUCUGUGGAAACACUGACGAGAGGGGUGAGCUACAGUACCUCACUGGUGUUUGUUCCUUGAUUAAAUAUAAUGUGCGUUACUGCUUUGGACAAAAGUGUCUGCUGAGAAAUUUAAAUGCAAACAUAUAUGUGAUGUAAUGCGCAAUUGCUGACUGCACCUUUAAAUGAAUUCCUCUUAUUGCUUGCGCAAGAUGAUAUGUAGAUAUGUUUUUCAUUCAAUACUUUGACAGAUCAUAUACUUUUUUUUAUUAUUAUUUUUUAAUGUUUGUGUUACUAAUUUUAUUUGUCUUAAAGUAGAAAUGGGGAAACUCUAGUAAAAGUGAGGAAACCCUGGUAGUUUGAGUAUGGAUCAUAAUAUGCACCUUUAGCUACCAAAGCAUUUACAACUGCACAGACUACAAUAACAAAAAGUUGCUGAUCACAAGAUUAAGAUCAGUUAAAUCAUUGAAAUGUCAUGUUUUCUUAUAAUAAAUGUGCUGACAUGUGUUCUCUUUCA